CUAUUCCUGCACGGGGGAGGAGUAACGGCUCUUGUCGCCGAAAUCUGGUGGGGAGGGGGUGGGGCUCAUUUGCUGCUGCCACCGCCCUCUCCUCCUCCUCUCCCCCCGCCUCCUCCUCCUCUUCCUCUUUCCUCAUCUCAGCACGCAAGCAUUUGGCCAUCCCUAAGCAGGGAUCCCGGCUGGCUGGGUUGGGAGCCAGCGCCGCGCCGCCCAGCCAAGGGAGAGGGGAUCCCGUGUGUCCCUCGACUCUCUCUGGAGCCCUAGCAGGUUCAUGUUGGGAAAAGGUUUGAAACGCAAGCUGAAUGAUUAUGAAGAGAACAUGGCUGGUGUGUCAAGUGCCUUUGAUUCCAGUCGAAACCUGCCAUACCCACUCAAGCGUCAGUUGGUGCUCAAUGUUUGCCUUGCCAAGUUACAGACAUAUAAGAUGUUGGUGGAACCAAAUUUACAUCGUUCUGUGCUUAUAGCCAAUACGGUCAGACAAAUCCAAGAAGAGAUGAGGCAAGAAACUAGCCAACAGUCUGUUAACAUGUGCAGUGGUUUAAGUACCACCCCUUCUAAUUACUUAGGUUUUGAUUUGUUUGGAAUGCCUUCACACUUUCUGCCUGGUAUUAUUCAACCGGAAUCAUAUGGUUAUGAACCACGGUCUAUGGAAAGUCCAAUUGAAAAUAGCUUGUUGAUGGUUUCAGAUAAUGACAUGUCAUCAGCCAUUUCCUCUAUUCUAAAAGAUUUGGAUUUCAUGGAAGAUGUGAGUCCACCUUCUUACUUGGCUGGAUCUGAAGAUGAUCAAUUCAAGACUUCUGAAAUGUCAGUUCUUAAAUUAGAAGAAGAUAGACAAGACUUGAAAGGAGUAGAAUGUGUGUUUGGUUCCUUUGAAAUUUCAAAUUCAACUAGUUACUUGAAGGACUUAGCUAUUGAUGACAUAUUUGAAGAUAUUGACACUUCAAUGUAUGAUUCAGACUUUGAUUGCCCCUCGCCAACUCCUCCAAGAACACUGUCUGUGGCAACAACAGAAGAAAUGUUGAAGACAUUCCCUUCUUGCAAUUCUUCCUCAGCAAACAACAUCCCAAUAUGCAGAAGUGAUAUCACAGAUUUAGACCAUAUUAUGGAAAUACUUGUAGGGUCCUGACACUUUUGCUAGCCCAAAGAUACAUUUUCCUAUGUUGCCAUACAAUGCUGGUUUAAUGAUAAGUCCCAAAGGGAGAGCAGACUUCAAAGUGUUAUGCCACAAAGGCAGCUACAGUCAUUUUCCUUCAAUGGUUCUCAAAACCUCCCUAAAAUUCAUAUAAACCAAAAAAAAAAAAAAAUGACAGUCUGUUAGAUAAAAUGGAGUAUUUAUUAAAUCAAUUGUGCAAUCUUUUUAACCUUUUUAGGCUAUACAUGAGUAUAUCUCAUGUGUUUCUAACUUUUUAAUGUGCAAUUUUAAUCUGAAGGAUUUGCAGAACAGUAAUUUUCAUAAGGGGAAACAUCUGAAGUCUAAAGAUUUAUUUUUAGUAUUACAUUAUUGGCAUUCACUGAAAUUGCAUACUUGGAUUUGCAGCCUCAGUACAGUAUAUUUUUAAAGUAUUUAAGGAACUAUAGAUCUCUUCCCCUUGAUUGAAGAUUCUAGAUACUUGGCAGCAAAAUCUCUUGCAUUUUAUAAAACAUUUAAAAUUAUUUAUUUUUGUAAAUUUUAUAGCCUUUUUACAUUUUAUUACAAUAUUCUAGAUUGGAGAUGAAUUUCUGGCUGGAUGUGGCUGGCACUACCUCUGUUAGCAGAAAUGCUUUAACUCUUUGCUUUGUCUAACACUGCAGAUCUUUUAGUUUUCUUGGAUGAUAUUUCUGGUGGUAGAAGCAAACAGCAAUUUGCUGAUUGGUUAAAUUUUAUGGUAUUUAACUGUAAUUUAUAUGUAUAUUGUCAAAUUUUAGAAUUUUGUCAGUAUUAUGUGCAUCAAUUUGGAGGUAAUAUAGCUUUUUACAAUUUAGUAUUUUCUGUAUAGUUUGAGCUAUUUUAAUUCUCUGAAACAGAAUGUUAGAUUUUAUGUGCAAUAUAUCACUUAAGCAGGCCACUUUUGCACAUCCUACAUUAUAAGGAAAUACAUAAAAUCUAAAUGAUGGAAAUUUAUAAUACUGUGUUAUCAGAGGUAUACCAUGCAAUUCUGUCUGCUGGCAGCUCUGUAAGAGUUGAAUAUGGCUUGCCUAAGCACCGCUCUGAUUUUGUACAUUUCCUUUUCUUAAAAUGGAACUUCAGUUAUCCAAAGUGCUUGCAAUGGAUUGUAUCUUCUUAGUGGCAGUUUUUAUCUUGGUUUGGCCAAAUAAAGUUCUAAUUGAGUAGAAGCCCAGCAAAUCAUGCUGCCAUUUAAGAGUUAGUAGUCUGCCUACAUAAGAAUUACACUUCAAAUUAAAGAAUAGUUUUUUUGCCACAACCUAAGAUAGGUUUGACAUUUGCACAUAAUAUGCUGAAGUGUUCAAUUCAUUGUGUAUAAAGCCUGUCCUAGUCCAGCUUUGGUGCUAUUUGGCAGACUUAGUGCUGGCACCAUUUGGGGACAGCUCUGUAUUGCCAAAAUGUUGACAUUCCAAUGACAAGCCUGUGCUGUUCCAUAGUCAUAGAAGCAGCACCUGUUCACUUCAUACUGAAGACACAUAGCCAUUCUUAUGUUCUAAUGUUGCAUCCCUGAGGGAUCCAGUAAAUUUUAAAAUGAUAUAAUAAACCACUCAUUGAGCAAUACAAUAGAUGUAGAUAAGUAAAAAAUGUGGGAGAAACAGGAAAAUAUUACCAUUCUAUCUACUACUACCAGGUAGACUUUUAUGUGUGUACCUAUCCAUGUACUCCUCAUUGCUUCCAAUGCUAACAAACUUGAAAGUUUGCUAGCAUUGGAAGUAAAACAUCCAUACUUAGUUGCAUACCCACAGUAUCUGAUUUUUGUUUGCAGCAGAAAAAAAUGCCUACCUUAAUAUUUAUAACUAAUAACCUGCCUCCAGAAACAGUGAAUGCUCCAACACUCGAAGUUUUUAAGAAGAGACUGGGCAGCCAUUUGUCUGAAAUGGUAUAGGGUUACCUACCUGAGCAGGGGAUUGGACUUGAUGACCUCCAAGGUCCCUUCCAACUUUAUUAUUAUUAUUAACUAAGUUUUCUAGGAGGAUGGGAGGUACUUUUUUAAAAUGAACUAUAAAAUACACAUUGGCUAAUCUUCAUCUGAAUUGCAGUAGAAGCUGCUUAUAGUAUAGUCAUUUUUUGAUGAUAAGUUCUUGCCAUGGAGAUUACUUAGCAGGUUGGAUUCCUUAAAAUAAUCUAUUGGGGCUAACUCUCCAUUCAGAAUCUCAUUGUUACAUAACAAUAGCUGCACAAAUAGCACCUUUCAUUUCCAUCUCCCAUUUUUUGUGGUGUUGGAACCAAUCCACUACUCAACUUGAAAUGCAAUGAGAUUCGGAUCACCUGAUGUAGUUGCUGCAUUGAAUAUAUGUAGCAUUGCAUUUAGGGAAUGAAAAGGAGCUUCUUUGAAACUGAAUACCCAGUACCACUAUAAGAGAAGUAGAGUCGGACAUCCAUGGUGCAAUACUAAUACCAGCCACAGAAAUGCCAGGAAGGAUUUCUGAUUAGUCUUAGAUUGAAGGACUAUUUGGGCCUUAAAGACUGCAAUUUAGAGUAAAAACUAGCCUAUUGACAAAGCAACUACUGUAAUGUUAGAAUAUGGUUGAUGCAUUCGUAAGAGUAGUGAUCAUCAGGAUGUAAUUGUGGCUAUUGCUAUCCUGUAUCAAUGUUAUUUCUCUUCAUUCUUUCUACUUCACUGUACAAAAGGAAUCCUGCAAACAUCAGUGGAACAUUAAGAUUUUGCCUUAUGUUUAAUCUUCAGCAAGCAUCAAAUGCAGUCUUUUGUUGAAAACCCGUGAUUGUUUCUUUUAUUUACUACUGGUUCUUUACUUUGCACCCAACUUGAGUUGGAGCUGGAUUCUACAACUAAUGCCAAGUCAAUCCAGUUUUAUUUGCUUAAUGCAUACUUUGGCAGGUGAAAUGUAUUUAUAUGCAUAGGAAAUUUGCAAUUACAUCUAAACCAUAGCAGGCCCUUUUCCAAAACAUUUUCUAUCCUUUACGUAAAAAGGAUUAAGUAAAAAGAAUUUAUACAGGUUGUGCAUAGUGCUUCUUUGUACAUAGAAAAUUAAUCUAAGAGUGGUAAGGGCCCUCUGCACUAUGAUAAAGCAGACUAGUGGCUAAAAAUAUUUUUAAAAAUUCCCUUAAUAAAUAUUCAUAUCUAA